GUUUAAUUUAGUUCCGAUGCGGCUACCGAUCACGCUAGAACGUUCGGGUUUUGAUGUGAUAGGAAAAUAUUCUGAGAUCGGAUCGGGUCUCUAAAGUUUAUGUUAUACAGUUUAACGCCAAAAAAAACAAGAGCAAGAAGAUUUCCCAUCAUGUGGUUCCUGGAGUUGGUGAUUUUUUCCGCACUAAUUGCGAGCAGCGUACACCCGCAAGAAUGUCCCACAUGCAGAGCUCCGAUCACAAUUGCUCCUAUUCUUGAAGCAGAUUGUAUCGGACCUGAUGGUAGAGAAGGAAAUUGCAUUAGUUUACGAAGCUGUCCAUCGCUGCUAUCGGAACUUCUGCAGCGCCAGAAAGACGCCCAAUACAUUAAAUACAUUCAAAACUCGAACGCUGUCUGCAAUUACAUUCAACCGAAUGUUUGUUGUCCUCUGGAAUUGCCAGUAACCAACGUACCGAAUACUUCUCCACCAACAGUAACCCCUUCACCUGCUCCUGUGACUGACGGACAUCCAGUGCCCAAAAAUAACGACAGUAUCCGAUUACCCACACCUAUUGAGGGAUGCGGUUACAGCAACAUAGAACAUGUUCGAAUUGUUGGAGACAUUCCGGUAACCCUGAACGGGUGGCCGUGGAUGGCAUUAAUAGGAUACAAAAAUUCUCUGGGAGAAGUAUCGUUCAAAUGUGGCGGAUCUCUGAUCACCAAGCGACAUGUACUAACGGCGGCACAUUGCAUUCGUAAAGAUCUUUUUUCAGUUCGCCUUGGUGAGCAUGACACAUCGACUGACACAGAAACUAAUCAUAUUGACAUUCCAGUUGUUAAGAUGGAGACUUACCCUCAGUACGACAAGAAAGACGGUCACUCUGAUUUGGCGGUUCUUUAUCUCGGAGAGGAUGUUUCCUUCAAUGAUGCCAUUCGACCAAUUUGCCUUCCAAUCAGUGAUCCGGUGCGAAGUCGAAAUCUAGACGGCCUCACACCAUUCGUUGCUGGUUGGGGACGUACUCAGGAAGGCGGCAAGGCUUCCAACGUGUUACAGGAACUUCAGAUUCUAAUAAUACCAAACACACAGUGCCGUGGGCUAUAUGCUAAAAUAGGAAAAGCAUUUUCUGACAAACAAUUCGACGAUGCUGUUAUGUGCGCAGGAAUUCUGGAAGGUGGCCAGGAUUGUCAGGGAGACAGCGGCGGCCCACUGAUGGCGCCGAUGCGACGAGAUCUUUAUUUCGAUUACUAUCAGGUUGGCAUCGUUUCAUAUGGAAUCGGCUGUGGACGUGUGGAGGUUCCCGGUGUCUAUACUCGAGUGUCCACGUUCGUGGACUGGAUUGAGCAAAAAGUUGGUGAGCCAGUGUGAUGGAAAGAUUUGUUAUGUACUCGAUUUAGGUGAUAAAA